AUGAAGAGUAUUAAUUAUUUAUUAUUAUUUAUUCUUCUGAAUAAAUAUAUUGAAUCCGGAAAAAUAGAACGUGCUUAUGUACUGGUAGAAAAUGCACGAAGUAGUCGACUUGAAAUAAAUGGAUAUACAAUAUUUGAUUCAAAAGAAAAACAAAACUUAUAUCGUUUAACAGCAUCCAGAAGUGACAUCGAUACUGUUAUACUUUUUGAUUAUUCUCACAAUAAAAUGACUGCUAAUCUUGAAGGUCUAUGGAUGUUUGAUCCAUUUAAUGUUACAUAUUCUAUUUAUGAUUCCAAAUUAAAUAAAUGGAUGGAUGGAACUUUACGAAGAACUGUUCAUUGGUUUUCUGUUGAUUAUACUACUGAGUAUAAUAAUGAACAAGUGAUUGGAAAUCGAAAAAAUAAGACGCCAAAAGGAAAAAUUUAUCUUAAAAAGAAAAAUGAAUUAUUAGCUAAAUUUCGAGCUCGUUCUCAACGAGGCUCCGAACAACCUAUUAAAUAUGAUUUGGAAAUCUAUUCGAAUAAGGUACCUGAUGCUCUUCAUUUUCUCUUAUUAUUAAUUAUGGAUCAUCGACUACGUGCAGACAGCAGUUAA